CCUCUCUGGACCUGUUAACCCAGUCCCAACUCCCCUCGCUCCAGCCUCAGCCUCCACACCUGGCCUCCACACCUGCAACCCGCCGAGCUUCCCCUGGCCUGCACCCCAUCUUCCCCGUGUUUCAAUAAAUACCUUGGUUACCUCAUGCCAGUCUCCUCAUCUGAGUCUGCUCUUGGGUUCCCCUGUUUCACUCCGCGUGACAUUUUAUUUCCUUCUUAAUGUGUUUGAGCCAAUCAGUUGUGUUGUGACAACGUAGGGGUGGUAUACAGAAGAUUGCCCUAUUUGGUAAAAGACCAAGUCCAUAUUAUGGCAAGAACAACUCAAAUAAGCAAAGAAAAACGACAGUCCAUCAUUACUUUAAGACAUGAAGGUCAGUCAAUCCGAAGCAUUUCAAGAACUUUGAAAGUUUCUUCAAGUGCAGCAAAAACCAUCAAGCAUUAUGAUGAAACUGGCUCUCAUGAGGACCGCCACAGGAAAGGAAGACCCAGAGUUACCUCUGCUGCAGAGGAUAAGUUCGUUACAGUUACAAGCCUCAGAAAUUGCAGCUGAAGUAACAGACACAUCUCAACAUCAACUGUUCAGAGGAGACUGUGUGAAUCAUGCCUUCAUGGUUGAAUUGAGUAGUUGUGUCCAAACUUUUGACUGUUACUGUAUGUGUGCAUUUACCUGGUCUACACCACAGCUAUCCGGUUUGGUCGGAUGCCUCAGUCAGAUGGGGGACAGAGAGGCGGGAGGAGACCUCAGGCGGGCCACAAGACCCUGGUCAGACAGAUCCAUAAAGCCUACAUGAAGAACUUCAACAUGAACAAGGCUAAAGCACAAAUCAUACUGACCAGCAAGAUCUGCACACCGCCUUUUGUCAUCCACAACAUGGAGACAGUCCUGCUGGCUGAGCAGAUGGUGAUGGCCAAGCUGGUAGGUGGAGGAGGAGGAGGUGGUGUCGGCCCAGAUGGAGCAGGGUCUGGGCCCGAGGAACUCCAGGAGAGGGAGGCAGAGGCCAGGCUGUUCCACUGCUCCCAAUGCUUCUCUGUGGAGACUAUGACAGAGCUCACAGAAUUCACCAAGUCUGUACCAGGCUUCUAGUGCCUGGACCUGAAUGACUAAAUGGGUGACCAGUUUAAGGAUAUUGUAGAACUUUAUGUAUGUGCAAUGUGUGGUUCAUGUUGUGUAUAUUGUAUCAUAUUCCUUAUGAAAUGUCUGUUGUUGUUUUAUGGAUGAGUCUUCUGCAAAAAACAAUCCACUUGAGAAUAGUUUUCUACCUCUUAUACUAAUAUAAUCUACAUUUUCUUCCAGAAUUAAUUGAAGUUAACUGGCUUGACUGACCCCCAUACUCUGCAGGUGACUGUUGAAGUACGGGUUGUAUGAGGCCCUCUUCACCCCCCCCCCUGCCUCCUGUAUGAACAAAGAUGGCCUCCUGGUGGUGAGCGGAGGAGGGUUCAUUACCCGGGAGUUCCUCAAGAGUCUACAGUGGCCC